GUUGAAUUAAAAACAAUCACAUUUGACAUUUGAUGGAAUUAUUUGCCAAAUAAAACGACUGAUUCCAGCUAUCGGACUUCACGCCCGUUUUCAUUGUUAUUGUGCAUAGAAAUAAAUUAUAUUUUAUAAAUAGCAACAUAAUGGGCGUAGAAGUCGAAACACUUUCACCCGGAGAUGGAACUACAUACCCGAAACCAGGGCAAAUCGUUGUCGUACACUACACGGGGACCCUCCAAAAUGGCAAGAAAUUUGACUCUUCGCGCGAUAGGGGCCAACCUUUCAAAUUCACGUUGGGCAAAGGCGAUGUAAUUAAAGGAUGGGAUCAAGGUUUGGCAAAGAUGUCAGUUGGUGAGAGGGCGAGGUUGACAUGUUCUCCUGAUUUUGCCUACGGUUCCAGAGGCCAUCCUGGAGUGAUACCACCAAAUGCCACUUUAAUAUUUGAUGUUGAGUUAUUGAGAGUUCAAUAAAUUUAAACUUGUUAUCUAUAAAACUUGGGGUGGGAAAGUACAGUUAGAAGUUUUGUUUACGCAUUUGUAUAACUAAAUUAACAUGUUAACUGUGGCUUGCCACUAUAUUUUUAAACUGAAAAUCUGUUGGAUUAAAAGAGGCCAAGCAUGUAGCCACCUGCAUGGGGAAAUAAAUAAUUUACCACAGUGGCUGCAGUUAACAUGUUAAGGUUGGUUAAUGAAAAGGUUAAUGCAGUCUGAAAUGUGCCUGAUAAUGUUUACAGCUAUCCAUAGUCUACUUAUUAAAUAUACUUGUGUAACAGCUUUAUAAUAUUGAUGUUGCUAUGUAGGUACUUCCCGUUAACUAUAUGUAUAAACUAUUCUUGCUAAUAUGCAGGCUGUAUAGAUCCAAUUACAUUGAUACAUGCAAUGAUAUAAGCAAAAAUGUGUAGAUACGGCAUUAGUGCUGGACUCGGCUUCAAAAACGACGCAUUACUGCACAAAUAGAUAUCUUUUUAUUAUAAUAAACUCCAAUAUGAAGUUCAAAGGGGAAGAGCAUGUCGUCAUUUACUUUAGUAUCACAUAGGACUGGAAUAGCGAACCUUUAUUGGGUAACGUGCCAUUCAGGGCCGGCCUUAUCUAUCCAAGUGCCCCUUUUUAGUGGCCUUUCUUACAUCCUAAAAAGUUUUUGGUUGGCAUAUUAUACGCGUGCCCAAAUUUUGCCUCGUGCCGCUACUGUCGUGUGUGCCAAUGGUUCGCCAUCCCUGAUACAGGAUAGUUUAUGGAACAUGAUACAAAGGCUGGUUGGUGCUAAUUAGGUCUAUUUUAGCGUGCCAUUAGAAUACUGCUCAUGAUGCAUCUACACAUUUUUAUUAAAACGUCAUUGGGUCCAUGUAUGAAUACUCAACUCUAUGUUAUGAACAGCCAGGAACUGCAGACCAUAUAUUUAAUAUUUAAAUGCAGUGGCACAGUAGUCGGUAGAUUAAUUAUAUAUGAAACCAAAAAUGCAUUUACAAAUCAAAGUUAUACCCAUGUUGGUAAUAAACUAAGGCAUGAUUUUUUUUUCGUUUAUUUCUCUUUAAAACUAUUUUAUUCAAAAUGAUAACUUUAAAACAAAGAUAUGGAUGUUUACAAUAUGUAACGCUCUUUAUGUAACUGUUGUCCAUUUUUGUUAAUAUUUUCACAUAUUUGUUAUUAAUUACAUAUAUUUAUUAUGGUUUGAGACUUAUUAAAUGAUAUGUAGAUGAAAAUAUGUGUAUUAAAUGUUAAUGCUGCAUAACAUGUAAAUUUUGUCCAAAUGUUUUGUUAAGUGUACUCUAAUACUCGGUAAUUGGUUGAGAUUAUUUUAAAAUGCACAAUUAAAGGCUUUGUUCAUAAUUAAUGUAUAAGGGUUAAGUUUGUUACAACAUUCUUUUUUUCAAUAUUGCGUUCUUAACUUUUCUUUGUGCCAGAUUAUUUUCAAUAAAAUAUAUUAUGGAAAUAAAUAAUUAUUUAUUAACUAAAUUGCACAUGAUUUAAAAUAUUGUAUAAAAAUUGUGCCAGAAUGUGUUAUUUGUUAUACUAAUUAAAUUUUUUAACAUGGCAUGGAAUAAAAAACAUGUUUAAUAAAUUGUGUUAUCUAAAA